GUUCGCGGGAACCGAUUCUCGUCCCCACUCCAAGCCAUACACACUUUCACAGAAUCAAAAUGGCCGAACAAAACCCCCACGAAGAAGAUGCCGCGAUGCUGGAUCCCAAUGAGGCCGAGGAGAUCGUGGAAGAUGACGGCGAUGCGGCCAUGGACUCGGGAGAUGAAGAUGACGGACAAGGCGAGGUGCAACAGACGAUACAGCUGCAAAACGACAGCGUGGCACACUUUGAUGGGCACAAAGACAGUGUAUACUGCGUCGCGCAACACCCCUUGCGACCAGAACUCGUGGCGACAGGAGGAGGAGAUGACACGGCAUAUCUGUGGGAUGCAACACCCGAGCCGGGGCCAGUUCUGCCUGCCAGCUACGAGACAAAUCCUCAGCCAAAGGAGCGAAAAUCACAGGAGAUUGUGGCUAGGCUAGGGCCACAAGAUGAAACAGUCAACGCGAUUGCAUUCACCCUACCAAGAGGGGAGUUCAUCGUUACAGGAACAGCAGCGGGGACACUGAACGUAUUCACGACACCUACAUCACAAUCCUCCGAAGCCAAGUUGGUCGCUUCGGCGAAAGAAGUCGACGACAUCACUUGGAUACUGCCAUGUCCUUCCUCGAACGAGCAGUACGCCAACACAAUAGCACUGGGUGCCGCAGAUGGAAGUGUCUGGGUUUACACCAUUGAGGGGCAAAGCUUGAACAUGGUGCAAUCAUUCUUCCUCCACCAAACACCUUGCACAGCCGGAGCUUGGACACCAGGAGGCCAAUUACUUGCCACAGUCGACGAAGCCAGCUCUCUUUUCGUUUGGGAUGUGUUCGGCGAGGCAGCAGCUGCUGGAGUCACGAAUCCCAAUGGCAGUCAAGCUCUCAUCCAACUCACGGCCGAGGACGAACGCUUCAAGGUCGACGGAGGCUUGUACUCCGCCGCGAUCUCGCCUGGUGGCGGCAUCGUAGCAGUCGGAGGUGCAUUCGGCAACGUUCGUGUUGUCUCUCUGCCUAGGCUCUCAGCCCAACAACAGUCCACAGUGGGCACAAAAGGUGCAGGCGCAAAAGCCAAAGCUGGAGGCGCCAAGCAAGCCCCAGCCGCGUCUUCAACAGGCAACUUUGGUCAGAUUCUCGCAGCGUUCGCCGCACAAACUGACGGUAUCGAAACACUGGACUUUUCCCAACCGCCCCUCACGCUACUCGCCGCCGGCAGUGUCGACGGCAGCAUCGCCAUCUUCGACGCGGCGAAGAACUUUUCAGUACGUCGGCACAUCAAAGACGCUCACGCCCUGGACGAAGUCCCGCACGCGGUCAUCAAAGUCGAGUUCACCAAAACACCCCUCGGAACGGCGAACCCUCGUGGCCACUUGCUCACAUCUUGCGGAAACGAUGGCGUUGUGCGGAGGUGGGAUGUUCGAGGCGGAAUGGCAGCUUCAGCAGACCAAGGCUUGUUGAAGGAGUGGAAGGGGCACAUUGAGAACGAUGGGGAAAGAGGAGGCAUUUUGGGCUUCGUGCAGGGGAACGGCAGCUCAGAAUCGGGUGUCGCGGGCAAGUAUGUGGUGACGGCGGGAGAUGAUGGCGUGAGUUUGGUAUUCGACUGGAAGGAGUAGCGACAAUCAAAAGUUCUGUUGAAAGCAUGGCUGAGCGCAUAGAUGUAGAUACCCCGCCGCGAAAGUGAAAUGAAAUAUCGACCCACGAAGUCGCCACAAGGCGCUGGCACUCUGCGAAUCAGAUCACUAUCGGUUCCACAGAGCUCAGAUUUUCG